UUGUGACUGGGGCACUUUCCAAAAUUAUCACGGUCACGUUAGAGGUGACAUACAAGUACAUCUCGAAAGUUUUUAACAGUCGAAUCUUAUAAGUUGCCUUGCUGCUAUUGAGUUUAAGAAACAGAAGAAGCUGAAGUCAUUGUUGACGAUGAAUGCCCUGCUUUCGUUAGUCCUCGCUCUGGUUACAGUUCAGGGAUCAUCCCUUCCUGCGUAUUUUGUUCCAGUACUUUUUACCUCUUAUGAAAUUCAAGUCCUACGCGGAGAAUCAACAAGAACUUACCAUGCAGCCCUCUGUGGUGGUUGCACCUUUGAUGGGUUGACAGCUGUAGUUCAAGUAGACUUGUUAAGCAAUCCAUGGGAUAUCGAUUUGGGAGACUAUGUGACUAUUUCUGUCGAAGAUGAAAAUGGAAAUGUCAUUGCCACUAAUUUUGAUGGUAGCAAGAUGCCUGUGCCAGACUUUAACUUUACCUACUCCGCCAAGUAUAAAGACUUGUUUCUUCAAGUCAAAACAGGACCGGCCCCACUGUUUACAUUCACAUUAGGCGUUUUGUUUGAUUCCAAAGCCCGGGUGUAUGUGCCAAAUCAUUGCGUUCCCAGAUGGCAGAUGACAACUUCGGAGCACGCGGUGUCGCAGAAGUACAAGCAAGGAAAUGAUACAAUUGCUGUGCUUACCUCUUAG